CUCCAGCUCCCAAGUGUAACCAGAGCUCAGAAAGAUCUAUAGCAACCUCAUGGCCAACUCUCUACAUGUCACCCUAUUCCUCCUGCUAUCUCUUCUGGCUGCUCACAAAGCCUUGGCUUCUUCCCACAACCAUGGCCUACAUCUAAGGUCCCUCGAAUUCUCUCUCUUCCAACAUGAAACUACCAACAAGACUGGCUUCGUCAUUGUGGAGGGCGUGACUGGCCCCGGUAUCACCCGAACAACCACCCCUUUUGGCACCAUAUUUGUCUACCUGAACAACUUGACGACAACCAUUAGUGCAUCCUCCCGCUUGGUGGGCAUUGCAGAAGGGGUUUCCAUAACAUCGAGCUUUGAUGGCUUUCGCAGUAUAUCAGUGGCCCAUAUCACCCUAGAGAUCCAUGGCUAUCGAGGGACGGUCUCCGUCGUCGGAGUUGUGCAUAACACCAAGCCUGCUGUCCUCCCGGUUGUCGGCGGUACGGGGGAUUUCUUGUUCGUUCAGGGGUACGUGAAGUCGACGCUGGUGGACUUGGAGGCCCUGAAUGUUAUGUACAAGAUCGACUUCCAUCUCUACUGGCCUCCAUAUGCCACCAAUAGUCCCAACUAGUUGCAACUGGCGCCUGAGCUGCAGCAAUAACCACCCCAACAUGGUUGUAUCUUAAAUUUUUUAUCUUAUGUUGCUUUAGAUGUAGGGGUGAGGUACUUAAUAUAAAGUCAUGUUUGUGUGGUCAUGAUGGUAUGAGUCGAAGUCACUUUGUCUUAUUUUCAUGAAUCAAGUCUGUAAUAUUCUGGCCA